AUGCCUGUUCAAUAUUAUUCCACAGAUGAAUCGGACUUUUCCGAGACUGACAUGUCCAUCCGGGGUCGCAACGGCCACACUCGCAUCCGGGACCGCCAUCGCUCUGUCUCCCGUCACCACCAACGCCGUCCUGAGGUGCAAACAUACCUAGCGCCCACCCCAGCUACUCGCGUAGUCCGCUCUCACUCAACAGGCGGUCGCCGCUAUAGUGACCGCGACUCCUCCGUGCCAGCCGUCAUGAUCGUGAAUGAGCAGGCAACCCGCACGGACAGCCGCAACGAUGCCCGCAACGAUAGCCGUACCGAAGCUCGCAACGCAAACAGUAACAAGCCGCGCCACCGGGUGCAGCAGAGGCAGCAACAGUACUACUCGGAAUCAGACGAGGAAGUGGACAUGGAACCACGGCGACAGGGCAGCUCGCGGCGACGACACCGGGAGCGCGAGUACGAGCGCGAGUUCGGCGGCUUCUCCGCGAACGUGAAUGUUACUGCGCCUGCGCCUGUACCUCAGAUGCAGAUGCAAGUGCCCCAAGCGCCGCCGCCACCACCGGUACAAGUACAAGUCCCACAAGUACAAGUGCCCCAAGUGCAGCAGGCCCGGACGCCGUCACCUUACCACCGUGACUACGAGCUGGCCAUGGGGCAGCGGAUACUGGAGCGCAGCGAUGUGCGCCAGGAUAUGGAGAUCUGGAAGCAGCAGCAGGAGAUUGAGCGACUCGAACACAAGCUUGAGAAGCAUCGCGACAAGCCUGAGCCACCACGUGAUACCCGCGAGCACAGGGUACUGCGUGAAGAAGAAGAGUGGUACGAGGAUGAGAUCAGUGAGCGAAUGCGCCGACUGGACCGCUUUGAGCGCAAGCAAAAGGAGGAGGAGUCCAUCCGCAAGGCAGAGAAGGCGUGGCGGCUGCAGAAGUUGGAGGACGCUGAGAAAGAGGCUGCCGAGAAGGCAGAGGUGCGCGAGAAGUUGAAGAAGGAGAAGCUUGAAGAGAUUGCUCGUCAGCAAGAAGAGGAGGAAGAGAAGGAGAAGAUUAAGAAGGAGCUUAUUGAAGAGGAGCGCCGGAAGAUAGCCGAGAGGGAAGAAAAGAUGAGAAAGGAGAUGAUGCUCAAGGCUGCUGCGGUUGAGGAGUGGAAGUUGGAGCAAGAGCGUCUGAAGCAACGCCAGCUGGAAGAGGCUGCGAGGAGAGAUCGCGAUUUCCGCGACAGACUGCGGAAUGAUCUUGGUUAUGAUGAGGAUGAGAUUGCGCAUAUCUUGAACAAGAGAAAGCGUGACCAUGAAAGGAAAGAGCACGAGGAGAAGGAGAAGCUCGAAAAGGAGAAAGAGAAGCUUGAAAAGGAGAAGAAGAAAGAGGAGGAGGAAAAGAAGAAGAAAGAAGAGGAAGAGAAGAAGAAAAAGGAGGAGGAAGAGUUCGAGUACCGAAAGACCACCUGGAUCAAGGUCAACCGCAGGCAUCUGCUCCCAGAAACUUUGCUCGCCUAUAACCUUCCUUGGGACUGGGACGAGUCUGACGGCAACUAUAUAAUCAUCAAGAAAUGGAUCACCGAGGACCUGCAGGAGGAGCUCUUCGCGCACACCAAGGGGAUCCGUGACCGAAAGGUCAUCACGCAGGUUUCCGAGUCACAGACUGAACUCAAGGUCAACGACCGAAACAAGGACAGGAUGUACCUGAUUCGCAAGAAGCGCCCAUCACGGGGGAUGCACAUCUUUUAA